CGUUCUUACUGUGAAGAUGAAGGCGCUUUGGAUUUGUGUAAUUUUGCAAACGCUGCAGCUGCCGAUAUUCGCUGAAGCAGCUUUUGGAACUCCGCUGUUGACCAACUCCAAAUUGUGCCAAGGUUGGAAUUGCCUAAACACCAAGUUAGAUCUACCCAACACCCUACCUUCUAAAGAGCAAUACCAGGUUGUCCUCCGAUCCUUAUUACCUGAAGAAUGGCAUGUAAAGUUGGACGCAGUUCUAGAUACAUGCUUUACAAAAUGGACCAGGGAAUAUACCAACACCUGCCCCGGACAAGCACUGAUGCACUGUGUGGUGGAUAAUUUAAUUGACAAUUGUCCAGAAUCUCAUUAUAGGAUGAACGAUGCUUGCACUCCCGUCUCCUGUACCGCUGGAUUGAAAUAUAUGUUUUCACAAAGCCGCUACACGGAUUUUGAAAAGAAUUUGCCUAAAGAACGCCGCCCUGCAUGGUUCUUGAAAAAUUAUUUCGACACAAAAUGUUGCGACGUACAACUGUUCAAUGUUUCCGUGUUGACAGAGUGUGGGGUUGCAGAGUUUAUGCAUUAUUAUGAUCACACGCCUCAACAAAGUAAUGUCGUCUAUUUCGAUAGUUACAGGAAUAAUGCAAUUGCAUCUCCGAAACCGAUCUCAAUUCAUGUAAAGCUCAAUGAUCCAAUAACGGUGAGAAUUGUGUUUAUACAAGGUGUCUCAAAAAGCUCUCCAACUAAAGUGGAUUCAGUCAAAAUUGUAGAUCCCGACAAACUGGAGUUUUCAACAACUACAGAAAGUAUCGACAUUCAGAGCCCUCCAACUAAAGUGGAUUCAGUCAAAAUUGUAGAUCCUGACAUACUGGACUAUUCAACAACUACAGAAAGUAUCAACAUUCAGAACGUGGACCCUCUCGACUGCUGUGACAUAUCACAAUUUAUCCAACCUUCAUGGCGGUCUGAAUGUGACUUCGGUCUGGCUUGGGACAACCAAAACCGUCUAAGCCUCAGACCAACAGCUUCAACUGAAUCUUCUACUGGGAAUACCGUAGACCGUGGUCCAGAUCUGAAUAGAAAUGAUGUGAAGAUUGUUCCUCUAUCUUGUGAAAGCGAGACCUGUGUUUUCAACAAGCUGAACAUCUUAACACCCACUGGUGAUGUAAAGCUCGAUUCUUUUACUAAACUCUUGGACAACUUCACCCGGGCCCACCCAGAGUUCAACAAAGCUAAGGCCAGGGUUAUCACGGAAUGCAUGAAGAAGCCAUUACUUGGUUAUGAUGAAGAAUGUCAGAUAAACAAAGUUUUGGCUUGUACUUUUGAUGUUUUAUCCGAGUACUGUCCUUAUACUGACAGAAAACAUGAUCCAUGCAAGGACCCCAAAUCCAAUAUGAUGUGCCAAAUUAGCUCAUCACAUAUUAGACCAAAGUCACGUCGGUCUUUUUGUAGCUUACCGAACUUUGUCCCUGAAAGAGUACUUUCGGAAUGUGCUGUUGUCUCGCUCUCUCAUAUGAAGUACGUGACGCAAAGAGCAAGCAAGCAGCAUUAUAUCGUCAAACCGAGGCUUGGGUGCCAACCUAUGACGGAUUCGACGAGCUGUUUGCUCAACAAAAUGGGCGUUCUCAACAAGUACAAAUUCUUGGACUACUUCAAGAUGAAAGACCGCAUCAGGUCGUAUACGAACCGGAGUGAAUGGUUCGCCCUCACUGACGUGUAUGUCAGUGCCUUUACUAACAAACCCAUGUACAGCGAGCAUUGCAAUUCGCCGAAACAACUGCUGAACAUUGUCGAUACUAUGUUGAUGACUUGCCCAAUGUCCCUUCGAAAACAAACACCUCAGUGCAACCGUUUCUUCACUGAAACUAAGAAUACGCCAUACAACAGCAACAACACUAAGGCGAAAUUAGACCAAAUGUUAAAUCAUUUCCACCACGUCUUCCUACCUGUCACAAUUUACCGCCCUAUUACAAACAAACCAAAAAUCCAAUACAAACCGUUAUAUAACUAUGGACUUUUAGCAUCAGGGAAUGUACCUCCGGUUAAAAUUGUAGAUAUUAGAAAACCCCCAAAGAAACCGUUAAUGAUUCUUCCAGUUUAUAUGCGUUGGUAUAACCAAGGUGCAAGAUAUCCUACUAAUGCGUCUACGCCUUUUUAUAAGAGUCCUUUGCUCAGAAGCGGACCGUUAGGACAAGAUUUGGCUGUGCCUGUAAAACCAAAUAUGAUUUGAAAGUUGUGUGUUAUUUUUAUAUUAAUAAGAGGCUAGAUUUAAAUGUAAGGAUUAUCAGGGAAGAAUAUAUAUUUUAUAAAUAGGUACUUUGGUUAGAUUGGCAUUAUGUGAUGCCGAAAACUUUUGAUUGCACAAAUAAUUCGUUAUUUUUAAUAAUUAUAUUAAAAUAAUUAUUUAGUUUUACCCCCACAUAAAACUCUCUGUCAGACCUAAUGGUUGACUGGUAGAUAAUGCUUCUAGCAUUAAGUCCGCUAAUUGUGCUAUACUUUUGUAUUUUGUGCAAUGAACUUUAAUUAAAUAAAUAAAUAUAAUGUAACCUUUUUUCAUUCGCAUUGCCGACCUAAGUAGGUAUCGAUUUACUUUUUAAUAUCUAUGGAUAUAUUCUAUGCAAGCGUUUAUCAUAGUAUUUAUCUCUAUAUUUUGGUUAUAUUGUUUCAAUUAUUACUAUUUUCACAUUGUUUAAAUUUUGCAAAUUCAGACAUAUUAUUUUUUUAUGAAAAAAUAACAACUGUUAUUUUUUUAAUACAUCAUAUAAUUACAUAAUUGGAUAUAUAAAUGUGGAAAGUUUUCUGUUUUUGUUAUACUUAUUAUAUGAUGUAAUAAUAAUGAUUAAGUUGAUUUAUUUUAAGGGUAGCCUCUAAAAUGUUUAGUGAAGCGGAUACUACCUAACCUACUUAUAGUUAAAAAUUUUAUCUUUAUUUUUUUUAAAUAAGAAAUUGAUUUUUGUAAUAAACAAAGUUCUGCUCUUAAAAUAUUUUUACUUCAUAUAUUCUAACUUAA